GAGGAGGAGCAAGAGCAUGCCCGUAGAAGCAAUUGAAACCGCGUCAUAUUCCCAUGUCUUUCAGUGUCAUAAGUUCCCUUCCACUUUAUUCUUCUCUUCAUUCGAAUAUGUUCUUCACUUUCCACGUUUCAACGCCCUCCACUCCUUCCUUAAGCUCUUCUACAAAUAAAGACCAAGGGUCUUCUUUUGUUAUUUGACUUAAAGCUACUUCUCUCUUUAUUGUUUUCAACAUGAUCGUUGCGAAAAUAUAGGAUAGACAAGCCCCUACUCAUAACAUCAUACUGCUGUUAUUAUCUUGGCUACCUCUUUUCCUUUCACUUUAUUGUUUCUUAUCUUGACUUUUGAAACUCGAGACUUGGAAUGGAACGUGCGGUUCUUGAUGGUAUCAUCAAUAAGUUGCUGGAAGUGAGAGGCAGACCCGGGAAGCAGGUGCAGCUUUCUGAGACAGAGAUCAAGCAGCUUUGUCUCGUGUCAAGGGAUAUCUUCUUGAGGCAGCCAAACCUCUUGGAACUCGAGGCACCAGUUAAGAUUUGUGGAGAUGUCCAUGGCCAAUAUUCUGACCUUCUGCGGCUUUUCGAGUAUGGUGGAUUUCCUCCUCGUUCUAAUUACUUAUUUUUAGGGGACUAUGUUGAUCGUGGGAAGCAAAGUUUGGAGACAAUAUGUCUCCUUCUGGCCUAUAAGAUAAAAUAUCCUAACAACUUUUUCCUUCUGAGGGGCAACCAUGAGUGUGCUUCUAUAAACCGUAUAUAUGGAUUUUAUGAUGAGUGUAAACGAAGAUACAAUGUGAAGCUUUGGAAAGGGUUCACAGAUUGCUUCAACUGCUUGCCAGUGGCAGCUCUAAUUGAUGAAAAGAUAUUGUGCAUGCAUGGUGGACUCUCUCCUGAGUUACACAAUUUAAAUCAGAUAAAGAGUUUGCCACGUCCUGUUGAAGUACCUGAAGCUGGUCUAAUAUGUGACCUCCUUUGGUCUGAUCCUAGUAGUGACAUUCGGGGUUGGGGAGAAAACGAACGUGGAGUUUCAUGCACUUUUGGUGUUGACAAGGUCACAGAAUUCCUUCAGAAGCAUGAUCUUGAUUUGAUUUGCAGGGCCCACCAGGUUGUGGAAGACGGUUAUGAAUUCUUUGCUAAUAGACAACUUGUGACCAUCUUUUCUGCACCUAAUUAUUGUGGGGAGUUUGACAAUGCUGGUGCUAUGAUGACUGUUGAUGAGACCCUUGUGUGCUCUUUUCAAAUACUGAAGCCUCUAGAUAAAAAGCCCAAGUUUACCUUUGGGAGCACAACUACAGUUAAGAAUAAUAAUGCAACAAAAACCAAGUUCCAGCAAGCAUUUUUUGGUGCUAAAGCAUAACCUGAUGAACGUGACUACAAUCAGUAAAUGUUUGGUACAUAGCCAAAGUUAAAUUUAAAGAGUGUUAUCCGAACUCAUUUCAAUGUGAAGGAAGAAUACAAUUAUCGAUAUAACCCAAGAGCUAUGAAUAAAACUAAAUAUUGUCUCCGCUUUACCCUUCAGGGUAUAGCUGAAUGCUUCUUUCUUCUGAUGGCUGUACAAUAUUUUUGUUAAACUCAAAUGGAGGACUGAGGUGUUACUUUUCUUCUCCUUGAGUUCUCCUUUGCCGAUCUCACUUUGUAUUAUAGUGAAUUAAUGCAAUAUACCUUUGAAUGUCAUUUGGAAGUUAUUUCACCA